CUUGGCGGCAGACUCUGGCCGCUGUAGUUGCUGCUCGGAGCACGCGGGACAUAGCUAAAAGAUAAGAGUAUCGCUGCUUAUAGACGCACCGACUCACGCGCGAACGGCUGCAGAAGUAACGCGAUGCGUUACGCAGCUCUCUGGCUGCUGCCAGCAGCCAUCGCCUAUGCACCCAUCAACAGGCGCGGCCCGUCGAGGGUAAUCCCACGUGUAUUAGCCUCGCAAGACACCGACAGCGUACAAUCAAACGCCCCGAAGAUGUUGAAGAGAGUCGCGAGACAAGCGAGGCCGACGGUCGCCAUUAUCGGAAGACCGAAUGUGGGGAAAAGCACUCUAGUGAAUCGCCUCUGCGACGCGGGCCGCGGCGGCGCCAUCGCCGUCGACGAAGUGGGCGUCACGAGAGACCGAGUUUAUCAAAGAGCGGAGUGGUGCGGGCGCGUUUUUGAUGUGGUCGACACGGGGGGUCUGCUGUUUGAUGAUGAAGAAUCAGAUCAAUUCCUUGCUGAAAUUCGGGAGCAGGCGUCGCUCGCUCUUCGGGAGUCGUGCGCCGUCGUCGUUGUUGUGGAUGGAAGAACCGGCAUCGUCCGGACGGACGAGGACAUUGCGGCCUUCCUGAGGAAGUGGCCGUCCCAGAUCGAGACCGUAUUGGCCGUGAACAAGUGCGAGUCUCCCGAACGCGAGCCGGAGAUGGUCGCCGACUUCUGGCCGCUCGGCCUCGGCGAGCCGCUCCCCUGCUCGGCGAUCCACGGGUAUGGCGUCGCCGAGGUCCUGGACGCCGUCCUCCCGGCAGUAGAUAACGCCAUCGAACUCCGAAGACAGCAGAUCGAGCAGCUCGACGCCCAAGAGGCGAUCCCGCGCAUCAACGUGGCUUUGCUGGGACGACCGAAUGUUGGGAAAUCCUCACUGAUGAAUAGGUUCUUGGGUCCGGGGGAACAGCGUUCCAUUGUGUCUGAUGUCGCGGGUACUACCAGGGACGCCGUCGACGCGGAACUAGAUGUCGACGGCGCCAUCUUCCGCUUCGUGGACACGGCCGGUGUCAGGCGAAAGGCUAGAGUCAAGGACGGCACGGAGACGCAGAUGGUGGGACGGGCGCUCAAAGCUGCUAAAUUGGCCGACGUCGUGCUGCUGGUCGUCGACGCCACGGCAGAGAUCACGGAUCAAGACGCGAUGCUCGCGCAGCGCAUCGCGGAUGAUGGACGAGCUUGCGUGGUAUUAGCGAACAAGUGGGACAUCUACGAAGGGAAGGACGAAGGGAGUACGAGGGAGGUUUUGAAGGUAUUGAGAGAAACAUUAACGGCGGUGUCGUGGGCCGAAGUGGUCUUUUGUUCGGCCGAGACGGGGCAGCGCUGUUUGAAGGUGUAUGACGCCGUGAAACGAGCGCGGGAAAGCCACCACCACCGCGUGUCGACCGCGACGCUGAACGAAGUUAUCAGAGAUGCGAUGCUCUGGCAGCCGCCGCCGGCCACCGCCGCCGGGAAGAACGCGGGCAAGGUCUACUUCGUGUCGCAGACGGGCAUCGCGCCGCCGACCUUCGUCUGUAUGUGCAACGACCCUAAAGCGUUCCCGAAGAACUACCGACGAUUCUUAGAGAGGAAGCUGCGCGAGUCGAUGCCCUUCACGGGGACGCCGGUGCGCUUCGUCUUUCGAGCCAGGCGCCAGCGCGAGGCGGAGCGCGACGGGCGGAAGCGGUCGCGGUAAGUACUUUGUGUCUAUUUCGCAGAUUAGUCGCGUCGACGGCGUGGGGGUUC